UGCAGCUGGGGACUGACCACCCCCUGCCACCCUUCCCUCAUGCUCUGCUUCUGCACAGACAACCUCUGGAGUGACCAGAGUCUGGAGGCAGACCCUGACCUCCCACAGGGCUGGAGGAAAAUCUGUGACUCUCUGGGCACCUACUACUGGCAUGUGCCGACCGGCACGACGCAGUGGCAGCACCCUGCACACACCGCCAGCCUGGGAGGGCAGCGAGAGGCUGAUGGGGAGGAGAUGCUCCAGGCACUGGACUGCCAGGCCCCUGCGGAGAAGCACUUGGCAAAGGACCGGCCCAUUCCCAGCCCCAUAGCUUCGCUGUCCCAGAGGGCCUCACUGCCCCAGCGUGAGGAUGACUUCCAGCACAGCGUAGAGCCUGGCUCCAAGUGCUUUGCUGUGCGCUCACUGGGCUGGGUGGAGAUCCCCGAAGAGGACUUGGCACCUGGCAAGAGCAGCAUUGCUGUCAACAACUGCAUCCAGCAGCUUUCCAACAACAGGGGCCAGGGCUCUGCAGAGAACCAGGGCGAGGGCCAGGACCUGGUGAUGAUCCUGAAGAAGGACACAAUGAGUCUGGUGGACCCCCUUGACCGCAGCAUCAUCCACCACCAGCCCAUCCUAAACAUCCGUGUCUGGGGCGUUGGCUGCAACAACGGCAGGGAUAGAGACUUCGCUUUUGUGGCCAGUGACAAGGACACCUGCGUCCUCAAGUGUCACGUCUUCCACUGCAACGUGCCUGCCAAGGGCAUCGCCAAGGCCCUGCAUGAGAUGUGCUCCAAGGUGGGAUGCAGGGCCGUAGCAAGCAGCGGGCUGCCACGCGCCGCCGUGCGGGAGCCCGUGUCCACCGAGGACCUCCCGUUGCAAGUGGAUAUCCUGGAAGCAGUGAGGCAGUCGGUGCAGACCUAUGAGGCGCUGUACAUUGGCAGCCUGCCUGUGCCCAGGGCUAUGGGGAUGGAUGUGCUGAAUGAGGCGAUCGAGAAGCUGACGAGGGGACCUGGGCGGGAGCAGUGGACACCCUCCCUCAUCCGCGUGUCUGACAUGGCCAUGAGG